AUGUCUACCAGAAGGCUAUUACGACAGGGUUGUUCAGGUUAUUUGGUUGUGGUAAGGGAUACUCAGGUGAAGGUUGGAGAUAUAAGCCAAGUGUCGGUAGUGAACGAGUUCAUGGAUGUAUUUCUCGAGGAACUACCAGAUCUGCGAUAUGGGUACUAUCAGUUGAGGAUCCGAAAUGAAGAUAUACCAAAGACCGCAUUUCGAACAAGAUAUGGGCACUAUGAGUUCUUAGUGAUGUCUUUUGGGCUUACGAUUGCCCCUGCGGCCUCUAUGGAUUUGAUGAACCAAGUGUUCAAGCCCUAUUUGGACAAGUUCGUGGUGGUGUUUAUUGAUGACAUCUUGAUCUACUUAAAGAGCCGAGAAAAGCAUGAAUAG